AUGGGGUGUCUCCGGGAUAGGUGUGUAGUUGUUAGAGACUGGAAUGAGUCCUUUAUUAUGGAUCUCUCUCAAAGACUUCAAGGCAAAUUGAAACCUGAUCUAGUUGAGGCCAUAGCAGCAACAACAGUGACCAAAUUGGUCAUUGAUUCGGGUUAUACGAAAAUUAUGCUGAAAGGGGAUUCCAAAGUUGUAAUUGAUGCUUUGAAGUGUGGGACGUCGAACUUGUCUAUUGUUAGUACGUUCACUGACCAACUCCGGAGCACUGCGAAUGGCUUUGAAGAAUAUGCAAUCUCUUGGACUCGAGGAGAGAAGAAAACGAAAUGA